AACAAAUAAUAUAUCACUUUGUAUUUUCACUUUGUAUACAUUUACAAAUUACAUAUAUUGAAUAAAAAAAAUUAUGCUUAAUCUUGAAUAAUAUAUUUUGGAUAUUUAUUUAUUUUCUUCAUAUAUCACUAUAAAAUAUAGUAAUUAUCAAUAAAAACCUAAAACGCCUUUUUAAGCCUGGGCCUCGCCUAUUCCCGCCUAGGCUUCAAAGGCUUGAGGCUCGGCCUCGACGCCUUGUCACGCCUCACGCCUUUUAGAACAUUGGAUAUAGGACCUAAUCUCAAUUUGGACAAAAAUGCGAUCAAUUAAACUUGAAUGGCCCGGAACAAUCCUAACAUUCCUUCCGCUACCUUUCCGAUCGACAUUCCCCCUUUCCUCUUCAGCAGUUCAGCUCCAUGGUGUCUGGCUCUUUCUUCACUCUUGGCAGGCACUUGUCCCUUCGCCGGUUAGCUUAGCAAUGACGCACCAAUCGUCGCCGUCGCUAAGAGAUACGUUGUCACCACCUGAUCCGAUGUCGUCACCGUUGUCAUCUUUCCGCACCGCAUCUGCUACACCGCCUUUGCAAACUCUCUCCUCUUCUCCUUACUUCUCAGCUAUGGCUACGAGUUUCAAUUUAUUGCACAGAUCUUAAAUUGAGUUGAUGUUGGGGAAGUUUUGGAGACGGGGAUAGGGAAGAUGGAUGGGCAAUGACAGAGGUCGGGGAAGGGGCUAGGGAAGACGAAUGUGCAAGGAUGGAGGUUGAGGAAGGGAUAGUUGACGGUGGCGGUGGUCGGAAUUACAUUGGGCGGUGUUGAGGCGGUAGCAGCGGACAAGGGCGGAAGAUAUUGGGGCGAGGUGCGGCAGUUGGAGGCCUGUGGCGACGGGGGUGGGGGGCUGGACAGGGAGUGUUGGUGCUUGGGAUGUGGCUGGGGGAGGCCGGAUAGGGGAUUGGUGAGUUGACUUCUAGAAAGGAGCCAUGGCAGGUCACCGGCAAUGGUGGUCGGCGCUAGUGGUCACUGUUGAUGCCGUCGGCGUUAUUGCCGGCCGCAGUGAACAUUGGUAGCGGUGGCCACUAUUUGAUUGGAAACCUGUAGUCAGGGUCGGGUAACUGUAACUGGUUGAGUCGGAUAACCAUAAUUAAAUGAAUUUGGUAACUGUGACCCAUCGGCUCAGAUAACUGUAAUUGAUCGAGUCGGGUAAUUAUAACUGAUUGGAUCAGGUAACUGUAAUUGAUUUGAGCUGGUAACUAUAACUGUAGGCUGGAAUGAGGGCAUAAAUGUUCUAUUAGUCUUUUUUUGGAAAUUUUUAAAUAUGGUCGAAUUUUUGUCCUUGAGUUUUACUUUAGUCUUAUUUUUGACAAAAC